GAGGUUUACUUGCAUUUCUUUUCCUACAAAAUUUCCGCGAAAAGCUUUACUGUGUGUUUCGUGCGCGUGAACUGCGGCAUCAACUGAGGAUCUCUACAUCAAGUCUUUCGAAACUGAAAUUAGGUAAUGUAUAUGAACCUCUGAUUUUGAGUUAAUCGAAGUGUCUUUCCUCUUUCUCCCUUUCUGUGAUUGAUUUAGAGUCCGUUGAAGGAAGUUAGGGUUAGAGGUGAGGAGGAUUUUGAAUGUGCAACAAAAGGGGAUUUUUUUUUUUUUUUAAGGAGAUCCUGACUUAUUCCUCCCCCCUACUUCGUGCAGAGUUUGAGAAAAUGUCCUCAGAAGGAACAAGGAGUAUAGUAGGGAGUGAGGUGAUGCCUCUAGACUAUGGGAGCAUGGACUCAGAGAGUAGUCCAUCUCCCUCUAGUUCGGAGAAGACGGUGGAGGGGGUGAGAGGAGAUGAGGUGAUAGAGGUAGGGGAGGGAGAGGUAGUAGAGGUUGGGGGUAAUGAGGUGGUAGGGGUUGGAGGAGAUAGCAUACCCAUAACCGUAGUAGAAGUAGAGGGUAGAGGCGAGAGGGAUUAUGAUGUGAACGCCGAGAUAGUGGAAGAGGUGCAGCAGUAUAGGUAUGAACUAAGGACCAGGGAUAGCCUGGGUCACUUAGUGGAAAAUUACGAGAUCUCUUCUCGAGUGCUAGUUAGGCCAGCUGGGGUAGAGGAGAGAGCGUGUUCUGCUCCUCAGGACCAUUGGAUGCCCAUAUAUUCCCACUAUCUGAUAGCGGGAUUGAGGUUUCCAAUUCCUGAGUUGUUGGUAGGAUUGUUAUUAGAUUAUAAGAUAGGGUUGACACAAUUAGUCCCCAAUGCUAUGAGGGGGGGUAGUAGGAGGGAUAAGGGGUGGUAUUAUUUCACCCCUAGGGUAGCCAAUAGGGAGAGUAGGUCUUUGUUUACUACAGGUUCUUCAUCCAUUAAAGGAUGGAAGGAAAAAUUCUUUUUGUGGAUGAUACGGAGUGGGGGAGGGGGGAUGCCGAGAAGUGAGGAAGUUGGUGAGGAAGGGGGGGAUUUACUAAACAUAAUGGACCUCACCAGCGCACAAUGCAUAGAAGCCAUUGAGCUCUAUGGGCCAAGCGCUUUGAGUGAAGCUGAAAUGGAUCAAUUUUUAAACACUGCUGGAGGAGCGGUCAUCCCCAAGAAGCCAAGGAAGAAGUCAAAGACUUCAACCAAGCAAGUGGAUGAAGGGAGGGCUAGGAAGGAGGUAGUGGCCACAACUUCAGCUGAAACGGAGGAGGAGCCUUCUCCUGUUGAGCUGGACCCUGAGCUCAGACAGUUGGAGGAGGGGGCUGAGGUACGAGCUCUUGGUAAGGGAAAGGGCCCUAUUCCCCAACUGGGGCCUCAGAGCAGCCUGUUUGAGGCGAAGAACAUGACGGGGGCUAGGUGGUUCAUCAACAACACCUUCCCCGAAGUGGACAGACGCAACGCGCGGGAGGAAGCUUUGAGGUAUGGUGGAGCAUCCGUUGUGAAGCACGUUCUAGAGAGCGCGAGCUGGGUGAAUGGUUUAGCCCGGGAAUUCAGGGAGAGCUUGAAGGAGCGCUCACUCUUGCAGAGGCAGUGUGACCAGCUGCAAAAGGAGAAGGAGGAGCUGGAAAAGAAAAAUAAAGAACUGCAAGAGUCGCUGAAUGAGGUGGUUCCAACUGUGAAGCUGUUGGAGCAGGAGAGCGAGCGUGAGGCUCUGGCGCAAGAACUAAAGCUGACGAAGGAGGCUUUCUUGGAGCUGAAGCAGAAUGUGCAGACCUUGGUGCAUAAUGGAAUGAAGGAGCACAUCAGCAACUUCAUUAGCUCCAGCUCGUUUGACAACAUCGUCAACUUAUAUUGGCUACCCACUGCCAUCAUUGCAUUCAUGGACUGCAGGAAGAAGGUGAAGGCAGAAUAUCCCGAAGUGGAUAUUACGAAGAUCACCUUCGGAGAGCAAGAAGAAGGGGUGGAGGAAGAUGGUGAGAGCAUGUCAGUAGACUUCCGUCCUCAGAUUAAACUGAGGUGGGAGGAUGAUGCAAACGGACGUGCUGUUUUCCCUCCACAGUUCGACUUCGAGUUCGUUGCAGUGGAGGAAGAAGGGGCAGAGGUAGAGGAAGACGAGAUGGAGGCAGGAGUGGAGGGAGCUGAAGUGGAUGAGAGCCAACCAGUUCCAGAAGUGGAGAUUCAUCCAGUUCCCUCCGACGAUGAGCAGCCUCCUCUGCCAGACGAAGUCUUGGAGGACAUAGGCAUCAGGAUGUGGCACCUCGGCCACAGACGGCGCCAAUGUAAUUGCACCAAACCAGAAGUCCUUCCUCAGUCCGCGCUUGCACUCCGGAAUGACCUACAAAGCCCCGAGGUGGAACUCGGGGUAGACACUCUGAUGCUUAAGGGUGCUGUCGCAAAAUACUAUUUUCCUUCCUCCUUUAUAGUUAAUCACGCCUCUAUUUCUUCUAUCUACUAGUAAGCUCAUUGGUUUUCAAUUUCUCAGCAAUUUGUUGCAUAAUUUUCAGAAAUCCUCAUAUUUUCUAGUUGGGUAAUGCCCCUAGAAUCUCAAUUUGUUGCAGAAUUUUCAAUUUAUUGUAGAUUUUCUAGUUGGGUAAUGCUCCUAGAAUCUUAAUUUGUUGCAGAAUUUUCAAUUUAUUA